UGGGUGCAAUAGGGCAUGCAUUGGAGAUGCCCUCAGCGACCCAUCUGGCCCUUCAAUUUUCUUCUCGUCUUCAACACAAAUCUCAACUCCAACUCCAAGUCAUUCAACACAACUCUCAACUCCAGCUCCAAGUCAUUCAAUUCAAUGGCAAAUAAUUUAUUACUCCUUUUCUUUCUCCUUUUCUCCCGUAGGAUUCAACUCGGUUCCACAUUGCCGGAACAGCCGCGUCAAAUCAACUCCAACUCUGUCCUUGUUGCCCUCUUGGACUCCCACUACACUGAACUCGCCGAGCUCGUGGAGAAGGCCCUUCUUUUACCAACACUAGAGCAAGCAGUGUACACCUAUAAUCUCACUAUUUUUGCCCCCAUAAAUGAAGCCCUGGAGCGCGAUCUCGACCCAGAAUUCAAUCGGUUCCUCCUCGAACCAGGCAAUAUCAAGUCGCUUCAGACCCUCAUCCUCCAUCAUAUCCUCCCCACUAAGCUCACUCUGGGAGAUUGGCCCACAGAACCCACCGAGUCAACUCGGCACUCCGCUCUCUCUAACGACCGUAUAGAAUUUUCAUGUAGUUUCAGUUCAAAUCAUUCUCGCAGUGCUAAUAAAUAUGUAGGUGCUGUGAAGGUUGUAUAUCCUGACUCCAUUGUUCGUCCUGAUGGAAUCAUUCAUGGAAUUGAAAAGGUACUAAUUCCAAAGUCCGUUGAGCACUCAUUCAAUAAUCGGCGCAGCCUCAGAUCAAUUUCGGCAGUUAAACCAGAAGGAGCCCCAGAAAUUGAUCCAAGAACCACCCACAAAUUGUUAUCAAAGAAAAAGGCAAAGUCAGCAACAAUCGAUGCUCACACACCCUCCAAAUUGUCGAUAUACGAAGCCAUGGCACCGGCACCAUCCUUGGCUCCUGCUCCGGCCCCUGGUCCAGGUGGGUCCCAUCACCAUUUUGACGGCGAGAGACAGGUGAAGGACUUCAUUCAGACACUCCUCCACUACGGCGGGUAUAAUGAAAUGGCCGACAUUUUGGUUAAUUUGACAAAUCUCGCUACAGAAAUGGGGAAACUAAUCAGCGAAGGCUAUGUUUUAACAGUUUUAGCUCCAAAUGACGAGGCCAUGGCGAAACUCACUACCGAACAAUUGAGCGAACCCGGUGCUCCUGAACAGAUAGUUUAUUAUCACAUUGUACCAGAGUAUCAGACCGAAGAGAGCAUGUACAAUGCCGUGAGGAGAUUCGGGAAGGUAGCAUAUGAUACAUUGCAUGUCCCACACAAGCUUUUUGCCAAAGAAGCUGAUGGCUCGGUAAAAUUCGGCGAUGGAGAGGAUGCAGCUUACUUGUUUGAUCCAGAUAUUUACACAGAUGGGCGAAUUUCAGUACAGGGGAUUGAUGGGGUGUUGAUUCCGCCAGAGGAUAAGAAGAAGGAAGUGAAAAUUGCGAAUCAAAAUGUUAAGAAUUUAAACAAACCAAGAAGAGGGAAAUUGCUUGAAGUAGCAUGCGGACUGCUUGGGGCAUUCGGCCAUGAUUCCCAGUUUAUCACAUGCCGGGAAAAGUAAGCUGGUCGCACCAACGGGAAAAGGUAAAUGCAGAUGAAUAAUGUACAGAAUCCUACUUCAGUAUUCUCUUUCUUCUUCAUGGUAGAUUUCGCGAGGUAUACUGCAGCUGGAAUGGAAAAAAGAAAAAGAAAAAGACAAGAUUUUGUUACCCUCCCUGUAUUUUGUGUAUGGUCAAUAAUGCUGGGUUGGAGAAAGAAAGAUAUAUAUGUGUUUAGUGCUUUGGAUUCAUUUUGUGCGUUUUUCGAUGGACUCUAUAUAAAAAUGGAUAAUCAAAUAAA